AUGUGCAUCACGUCUUCGAGGACUUCAAAAGCUCAUAAAAUACAAAUCACUGUCAACUUGGACAUGGCUCUUCGAUCACUGCGCAAACACCUGCUGCCCAUACCCGCAGACAGAGACAGUACGUCCGCUCUACGGCUCUGGGUCGACGCAAUUUGCAUCAAUCAAAGCGAUGGGCAGGAAAGGAGCCUCCAGGUUCGAAGCAUGCGACAGAUAUAUGCUAGUGCUGAGGAGGUCGUGGCAUGGGUUGGCCCGCUGAAAGCUGGAGUAGAUUUUGCCGAGGAAAUUAAAAAUACUUCGGAAUCUUCCCCGAUUCUCCUAUCACGGCAAGGACAAGCUGUAGAGACAGACGAUGAAAACCAAGAGGCUAUCAAACCAGUACAGCCCAACUAUGUAGCGGCGUUUCAGCAUGCUUACUGGAAUCGUGUGUGGAUCAUACAAGAGAUCACAGUAGCUUCUAGCGUGCGAGUGAUUCUAGGCGAUGUGAUAAUUUCCGGGGAUGAUGUUCUGAAGGCUCUCGAGGUUCUCGAAAGCAAGAAGGAGAAAUCGAGUGGAGUCAUAAAUUCUUUACCAGUACACCUCCUGAGGUUCCGCAAUCUGUUUGCUGGGUUGGAACGGAGACCUAUUGGUCUCCUUGAGGCGUUGACAUGGACCUGCUCAGCCAAAGCGACGGAUCCCCGAGACAAGAUCUUCGCUCUGUUAGGUCUUUGCUACGAUGCUUCAACAUACGUCCCUGUCCCUAUCUAUAAGCAGUCGCUGGAAUCUAUCAUUACCGACAUGACGAAGAAAAUGAUGGUUGUUAAUCGAUCACUGGACUACAUAAUGAUACGAGGGACUCAAGGCUCAGCUCCAAUCCGGGGGAAAAAGCGGAAGUUGACAACUUUACCAUCGUGGCCAUCUGAUUGGCAAGCUCUAUGGUCUGGAGAAGAUCUGAAUCUGAUGAAGCACAUGUCGAAUGGUUUCAAGAUCUGCUCCUACGACGUAAAUCCAGUCCUGUCAGGCUCAACCAACAACACCCUCUGUGUAAGAGGUCUAUUGAGUGGCACAGUGGACGAAUUUUGUUCACCAGCACUACAAGAUCCUGAAGGCUCGAGUCUAAACAUGAUACCAGGAUCUUCUUCGAUGUCAAGUCCUCCUGAUGCAACAUCCAAGCCUCAUGUGACCCCGCCACCACUCUCUUUCGACAGUAGCGCCGGCCAGACUUUCGAUGAACUUCUUGCUCAUGCGCUGAGGUACAAAGUCGUUGGUACACGAUUGGCGAUACUGAGAUCUGCGAGUAUAGACUCAAAGCUUACGGUGACGGCCGUGUGUUGGGUAGACCCUCGAACAGAUAUUUCGGAUGAAGUGUUCCAGCUCGAGGGGUGCAGUGCGCCUCUCAUCUUAAGGAAGCAGGUAGAUGAGGAGCCCAAAAAUGUAUACGGUAGUCAGUGUGGCAUAUUCUCUUUCAAAAUCCAAGAUUUUGGGAGAAGCAGAGAUUAUUACACUUGUUUGAAUUGA